AUGUUAUUCAUAUAUCUCAUUGUCACUUUUUUCACCAAAAUGGAUAGCGUAUCAAGGAUAAAAGCGUUUUUCAUUAUGCUAUUGACUUUAGCCGACCAGCCAUUAACAUAUAAAAUAAAGAUUUCUCAAUGCAAUGAUAUGAUAAUUAAUGUUCCGUACAACGAGUGCUUUCCAAUUUAUGACGAUUGUGUUUUUGGUUCUGUCCUUAUUUUCCAAAAAUCUGAUUCAUCAAAGUAUCAAGUUAAUCUUUAUCCAAAUAUCAAUUGUGAUGAGAAUGGAAUUAUACCAAGUAAAAUUCCAUAUAAUGAAAGUGGCCUAAAAAUUACCGAUCCCUUAGCUUUUUACCUAAUGUUUUUAAUAAUUAUAACAAUUCUUUUAAUUAUGAUUUUAUAA